GUGACGGCGGCCACGGGCACUCUCCCGUUACCGCGACGAGCCACGGUAAAAUUGGCCGAUUAUCAUUGCAACAGCGAGCCAGGCAAAUGCCCGGAGGAAUUCUUACGAUUGGACAGCCAGAGGCCGGACUAUUUGGCCCUUCACGGUCAAGAUUUCGAAUCCGUAGGAAGCAGCGCUUGCACCUCGCCUCACAGUAUCCCGGAAUCGUAUUCGCCGCCCUCGAUCCCCGCCACCGGCGUUCCAGGAUGCGGUCGGGAAGAGAACCUCCUCCAAACAUUCUUCGGGGCGCAACAAUUACGGGAAACCUCCUUUCCUCCCUCGAUCCAACGCCAUAGUGGACAGUGA